GUCUUCACGUUGUUGUUAGCGCUGCUGAGGGCGAUUUAAUUGUUAUUGUUAACAGGGAAGCGCUUUAGUUAAAACACAGAUGAACGUGCAUUGAGAAAGACAUCAUACUUGUAAAAGAGAAGCACGUGGACAAAUGAGAAAAGAUCAAAACUGAAUUAACAGAAAUAUGAACAAUGCUGAUUCAGCCACGAGAAAGCACACAAGUUCACGAGAGCUUCAGACUCCCAAGAAUGAGGAUGCAUACGAAAUCUCCAUUCCCUUUGAAGAUAACAACUUUGAGCAGCAGGGAGGCUUUUACAACCAGAAUGACCAGAACUUUGAUGGUAGUGAUCCGCCAGCACCGGGCAGCUCGUACCUGUUAAUCACUAACUUGCGCACACAACUGCAGAUCUCGCUGGAAAAAAAUUCAUGGCUGCAGAAACGAAUCGAGGACCUGGAAGAGGAGAGAGACUUCCUCCGCUGCCAGCUGGAUCGCUUUAUUUUCUCAACUAAGAGUCAGGAGAGCAACGGAAAUGAUUCCAGGAGUUUUUCUUGGAGGAGGCGGCGAGAGACUGAUCGAGAUCAACAAGCAGAGAGCCAGCGGCCAGCCAACCGUCAAUCAUUCCAGCAGAGGCCAUCCCAACAAACCUCAGCCAAUCCUAAAAUCAUGAGCUCUGGGCCUGGUCCAGUCACUGUUCAGAUGAAUUCCAUGUUUGGACCUGCCCACCCUCAGACUCUUUUACAGGCCCAUGGUGUCGGCAGCAGCAGUUGCAGUAGUACCAACAGACUCAACAAACUGCAUGAAUCUCUUUCUCUUCUGGGAGAUGAAAAUGAUGAAUACCUGGAGGAUAGCUACCUGGAGGAAGAGGAAAUGAUGUCAGGAGAGGAUGUGAUGUCAGAAAACUUGUCUCAACAGAAUAUGGGCUCAGUUGGAAGACCCACCGGCACUCAUCCAGCUCUGAAGAGGAGGAGGGUCUUCAGAAUCCCCAGAGGGAGGGAGAGACAGAGAGUGAAAGAUGCAGCAGGUGUGUUGUUCCGCUAUAAAAAGAUUCUGGUGACAUACCAGAGGCUAAAGAACAUGUCGAAGGCCUUCCAGAUCCAUGGAGUCGAUCGUAACACAGUGGCCUCUACCACACCCAUUGCUGAGCUUCUGCUGGUGGCCCCGGAGAAGGUGGCUGAGGUUGGCGAGUUCGACCCAUCCAAAGAAAAGCUUCUUGACUACGCCCGGCGCUGUUACAUCGCCCUCGACCUCCAGACGCUCAGUAAAGUGCAAGCUCUGAAGAAAAACAACCUGCUCCUGCCCAUUUCCUACAGGUUGAAAGGGACUGAUAAUCGAUAAUUGGAAGAAAACAAGGAGCAACUGAUUCUUAUCCUGCUGUAUUGUGAAACCCCUGCACUGUAUUUUACUGUUCUAUAGAACACACAUUUACCGUCUCAACCUCCAUUCUGCUGUUCGGAAU